CGCUGCAGCCUGAGGAGAGCGAGACACUCAGGCCCCGCAAAAAAAAGCAGCGAAAAAAAAAUUAAAGAAAAAAAUAGGAAACAAAAUAACAGAAAGAUAAAGCGGGAGGAGAAGGAGCAGAGCGGGGACGGCGGCGUGGGCUCUCCCACGAGCAAACAAAAUGAGCAGUACUAGUACCUACUCAGCCCCACCCACGGAGGUUGGGACUGGGUGAGACAGAGAAAACGGUGCCAUUUCUUCUGGAAGACAAGAUCAGAAUAAUAAGAAGGAUCUGAGAAACGAGAAAGUGUAUAAGCCCCUCCCUCCCUGCACACACGCCCUCUUAAACCCCACCCCCAGGCGGAAUCCGAGCAGGGCCUGGAAGGCAGGGCAGCCACGGCCGAGUUUCAAUGGCAGCGGCACCCUAGGGCUGCCAUGGCAGCGGCUGCCACCGAUGCCCACCGUCACAUUACCGCACUGACGCCGGAGGACGAGGAUCGACGAGCCACCGUCAAAUUGUUUGGAGGUCCAGCUCAAGUGAGGACGGAGAGAGAGAGAGAGCACGAGAUAGAGAGGGAGAGGGAGAAGGAGGAGAGAGCAAGCGGGAACGAGUGUUUGGUGUGUGGCGCCCUCUUCAGCUCACAGGAGAAGCUCCGACUCCACACCUUCUGUCACGCGGGAGAGAAACCUUUCCACUGUUCCCAGCCUCACUGCCCCAAGGCCUUCAGCUCCAAAUAUAAGCUCUACAGGCAUAUGGCCACACACUCACCGCAGAAGACCCAUCAGUGCUCAUUCUGUGAAAAGAUGUUUCACCGUAAAGAUCAUCUGAAGAACCAUCUACAGACCCACGACCCCAACAAAGAGGCCUUUAAGUGUGAGGAGUGUGGCAAGCACUAUAACACAAAGCUAGGGUACAAGCGCCACAUAGCCAUGCACUCUGCCACAGCAGGCGAUCUGACCUGCAAGGUCUGCCUGCAGAGCUACGAGAGCACCCCUGCCCUCUUGGAACACCUCAAGAGCCACUCGGGCAAAUCUUCGGGUGGUGCCAAGGAGAAGAAACACCCAUGCGACCACUGUGAUCGACGCUUCUACACCCGCAAGGACGUUCGCCGGCAUAUGGUGGUUCACACGGGCCGCAAAGAUUUCUUGUGCCAGUACUGCGCCCAGCGCUUUGGUAGAAAGGACCACCUCACGCGACACGUCAAGAAGAGCCACUCGCAGGAGUUGCUGAAGAUCAAGACAGAACCACCGGAUAUGCUGGGCUUGCUCGGAUCUGGUUCUCCGCCUUGUGCCGUGAAGGAAGAGCUCAGUCCUAUGAUGUGUAGCAUGGGCCCAAACAAGGACUCCAUGGUGGCCAAGCCUUUCCGCAGUGGCACCCCUUUUCCCAUGGGCAUGUACAACCCUCACCACCUGCCGGCCAUGUCCAACCCAGGAAUGGGCCACCAUCACUCCUUGGUUCCUGGAUCGCUGUCUGCUGCUAUGGGCAUGGGUUGUCCCAUGGAGCCUCCUUCAACUCUGCACCACCACCAUUCGCAUCACCACCACCACCACCACCAUCCACACCAUCACCACCCAUCCCCACCGCCGCCACACCAGCAACAGCCCACCUUACAGCCCCAGCCCCCGCAGCAACAGCACCCCCAGCUGCCGCCCAAGUACCAGCUUGGAUCUACCUCAUACUUGCUGGAGAAGCCCCUGAAGGUGGAGAUGGAGAGCUUCCUGAUGGAUCUGCAGAGUGGCUUGCCAGUUCCGCCGCCGCCCUCCGCCGACCCCCAUUCAGCUGCCUCGCCGAACAAGGAUGGUCUGGAGCCUCCGCCCGGCCUGACGGACGAGCUGUGCGGGGACCCCCUCCUGUCUAAGAGCCCCGCCGUCAUCGCCGAAUCCCUGUGUGCUGCUAACAUGGACUUCUCUCAUCUGCUGGGCUUCUUUCCGCUCAACCUGCCCCCCUACAGCGCCCCCAUGAGUUCGGGAGGUCUGGUGAUGGGCUACUCCACCACCUCCACCGCCUCCUCUUCUUCCUCGUCAUCGUCGGUGUCUUCGCACGCCACCGAGCCGCACGCUGCCACAGCGACAGCCGCAGUGCCUCUUACCUCUUUGCAACCUCAACCUCAGGAGCAGCCAGGCUCCGGCGGGGGUCUCGGACCCCUGCACCCACUUCCGCCAGUGUUUAGCUCCAGCCUCAGCACGACCACCCUGCCUCGCUUCCACCAGGCCUUUCAAUGA